CGGUUUCCUUACCUCAUUUGUCCUCGCCCCUCCCCAUCCCUCUACGCGCUUUGGUUCCUGGUUGGUGCUUCCUGGUCGCAGCCGCGGCAGGAAGCCGGUCGGUCAGUUAAACGCGGAGGUCCUGCCUCACUGAGGGAGCCCGGCCUGUGGGGGACCGAAUAGCCCAACUCCAGCCUCUGCUGUCAGAAGCAACAGCUACAACUGUGGGCAUCAAGAUUACUGACUUUCCAUGAUGUUUGGUGGUUAUGAGACUAUAGAAGCAUACGAAGAUGACCUUUAUCGUGAAGAGUCCUCUAGUGAACUGAGUGUUGAUAGUGAGGUGGAAUUUCAGCUCUACAGCCAAGUUCAUUAUGCCCAACAUCUUGAUAAUGUCAUUAAAGAGGAAGAACAUGAAGAGAAGAACUCUGGGAAUUCUGAAUCAUCCAUUAGUAAACCAAAUCAGAAGAACUUAAUUAUCCUUUCGGAUAGUGAGGUCAUCCAGCUAUCAGAUGGGUCAGAGGUCAUCACUUUGUCUGAUGAAGAUAGUAUUUACAGAUGCAAAAGAAAGAAUUUUAGAGUCCAAGCAAAAGAAAAAACCCAAGGUCCUCCUCCUGCAUCUUUUCAUUCUAAUAAGUUGACUGAUAAGAAAUGCAAGAGGAAUAUUGAGAAGCCUAAAUCUGAAGAGCUGUCGGGUACAAUCCGAGAGGUCAUGAUUAUAGAGGUCAGUUCAAGUGAAGAGGAAGAGAGCACCAUUUCAGAAAGUGAUAACGUAGAGAACUGGAUGCUGCUGGGAUGUGAAGUUGAUGAUAAAGAUGAUGAUAUCCUUCUCAAUCUUGUGGGAUGUGAAAACUCUGUAAAUGAAGGAGAAGAUGGUGUAAAUUGGUUCAUCAGUGACAAAGAUGCUGAGGCCCAGAUAGUUAACAAUAGAUCAUCUGGAAGAUGGACCCACCGAUACUAUUCGGCCAACAAAAAUGUUACCUGUAGAAAUUGUGACAAAUGUGGCCAUUUAUCAAAAAACUGCCCCUUUCCACAAAAAGUCCGCCCCUGCUGCCUCUGCUCGGAGAGAGGACACCUCCAGUAUGCCUGCCCAGCCCGCUUUUGCUUAGGCUGUUCUUUGCCUAUGCCUUCCACUCACAGAUGUCUUGAAAGACCUUCCUGGAGAAAACGAUGUGACCGAUGUGAUAUGAUAGGCCACUAUGCUGAUGCUUGCCCAGAAAUCUGGAGGCAGUAUCACCUAACGACCAAGCCUGGACCACCCAAAAAGCCGAAGACCCCUUCUGGACAAUCGGCCUUAGUGUAUUGCUACAACUGUGGGCAAGAAGGCCAUUAUGGACACGAAUGUACAGAAAGACGAAUGUUUAACCAGACCUUUCCAACAUCUCCAUUCAUCUACUACUAUGAUGACAAAUAUGAAAUUCGGGAGAGGGAACAGAGAAUAAAACGAAAGGUGAAAGAACUCCAGAAAAAUGGGGAUUUUCCAAGGCAGUUCAAGAGACCUCACAUGGAAGCAGCAGAGAAGAGGCCCCCCCAUGGCAGGAGGAAGAGCCAUGCCUCGUGGAGAAACAGUAGGUGGCCUCAAGAAAAGAAAGAAACCCAAAAAGAAGCGAGCAGGAGCCGCAAAGAGCGUGAGAAACACAGGAAGGCUGACAGGGCUCAUGAAGUGGAGGAGGACUUCCCCAGGGGCCCAAAACUCCAUUCUCCUGGCACCUUCAAGACCCAGAAGGGUCCCAAGUCCUUCCACCACUCAUCACAUUACCACAAGCCAAGAGAAGACAAGCUGCCCAGAGACGGCAAGCGGGGCAAACAGAAGAAAAAGGAGAGCUAUUUGGAGGGCGAUGGCAGUGAUAAUUUAUUUCUCAUUAAGCAGAGGAAAAAAAAGUCCAAGCUGUGAGACAGCUUCUGAUUUGGCUUUCCGGUGUUUGUCUGGUCUUCAUGCCUGUGACAUCAUGGCAGUCUGUUUAUGAUCUAUGAUUAAAUCAAAUGAAUUUUG